AUGAAUAACAACGUACGACAUGAAUUCAGCAUCAUUGAAGAUUUACCCAAUGAAUUAUUCGUAGGAAUUUUUUCUUAUUUAAAUGGAGUUGACACUGUGUUCGCAUUUUUAUCUCUUAAUAAUCGUUUUCAAAAAUUACUUCGUAAAUACUGUAAAGUAUUUGAUUUUAAAUCAUCAAGUAAACUUCAAUUUGAUACUAUUUUCGAUCAAUAUUCAACGAAAAGAUGGAAAUCUUUACAACUUUCCAAUGACGAUCAAACAUCUGGACAAAUUGAAUAUUGUUUUCAACGUUAUCCACUUAGUGUUUAUUUCACUCAACUUAAAUCUUUAUCCUUAUUAAAACUGAAAACAAAUAAUUUAUCAAUUUUAUCUGAACUUUCAUUUCUGACAAAUUUAACGUCAUUAAAAAUUGGAUUUAUAUGCGGAGACAUAAUUUCUAUGUAUGAUUUAUCUGAUCUUAAGCAACUUAAACGACUUGUUGUCACUUCAUGUUUUAAUACUCGUUGGACUAAUAAACUUUCUCAACUGGAUACUCUUGAAUAUGUUAUAAUGCAUUGUUGUUUAAACCCAUUAGUAUUAACAUGGCCAUCAAAAUUAAAACAUUUGAAAAUUGUUCUUGAAAGUGCAGAGCAUAACGAGUUACUACCUCAAUCAAUUUCGAAUUUAUCUGAAUUAACUAACCUAGAAAUUUAUCAGAAAGAACAAGGAUAUACAAUUCCGAAUGGUCAACAAUGGGAACAAAUAAUAUCUUCAUCAUGUCCACUAUUAAAAAAUUUUAAAUUCGUUUUUCAAUUCCCAUAUCAAUCAUAUAUAUCCAAUCAAAUAGAACAAAUAAUCGCAUCGUUUUCGACACCAUACUAUAUUCGUUCUUUGAAAUUAAAAUCAACUGUAUCAUCACCAUCAAGUUUGAAUGAAAGUGAAGUUGAACAAAUAAUACGAACUUUUGCCUUAAAAUGUCAACAUAUAUCCAUAUGUAUUCCGAUGUCAUUUGACAUUGUGGUUUCAUUUUUACGAGACAUGCAACAACUAUAUAGCUUACAUGUCGUUACCGACGUAAAAAAUAAUGAGAAAAUUACGCUAAAAUGGUUGGAACAACAACAAAUCGGCUUGAAUUAUACUAACUGUCAUCUUAUCAAUGAAGAAUAUAAUUAUUAUUUUUGGUUGGGAAUACAUUAA